AUGUUCUCGAAGUUGCUGGGGUUCCUUUCCGCCGAUAUGGCGAUCGACCUGGGAACCGCGAACACGCUUGUCUAUGUGAAGUCCCAGGGGAUCGUCCUCGACGAGCCUUCGGUGGUGGCGCUCACCACCUGGAAGGGCAAGAAGCAGGUUCUCGCGGUCGGCAACGAGGCGAAGCUGAUGCUUGGCCGCACGCCCGGGAACAUCGAGGCGAUCCGCCCGCUUCGAGACGGCGUCAUUGCCGAUUUCGAAGUGGCCGAGGACAUGAUCAAGCACUUCAUCCGCAAGGUGCACAACCGGCGCAGCUUCGCGAGCCCCCAGGUCAUCAUCUGCGUGCCGUCGAGCUCGACCGCCGUCGAGCGCCGCGCCAUCCAGGAAUCGGCCGAGAGCGCGGGCGCGCGCCGCGUGUUCCUGAUCGAGGAGCCGAUGGCCGCCGCCAUCGGCGCCAACCUGCCGGUGACCGAGCCGACCGGCUCGAUGGUCGUCGAUGUGGGCGGGGGCACCACCGAGGUCGCGGUGCUCUCGCUCGGCGGCAUCGUCUACUCGCGCUCGGUGCGCGUCGGCGGCGACAAGAUGGACGAAAGCAUCAUUGCCUACGUGCGCCGCACCCAUAACCUGCUGCUCGGCGAGGCGAGCGCGGAGCGGAUCAAGAAGGAGCUGGGCUCGGCCUGCCCGCCUGAAGACGGCGACGGCGAAACGCUGAAUAUCAAGGGACGCGACCUGAUGAAUGGCGUGCCCAAGGAAAUCGUCAUCUCCAAGAGGCAGAUUUCCGAGAGCCUUGCCGAGCCGGUCGGCGCCAUCAUCGACGCGGUCAAGGUGGGGCUGGAGAACACCGCGCCGGAGCUUGCCGCCGACAUCGUCGACAAGGGCAUCGUGCUGACGGGCGGCGGCGCGCUCCUCGGCAACCUCGACUACGUGCUGCGCCACGCGACGGGGCUGCCCGUGUCGAUCGCGGAUCAGGCCUGCGCUGCGUCGCUCUCGGCACCGGCCGAUGCCUCGAAGAGAUGA